ACAUGAUGAUGAUGAUGAUGAUGAUGACUAUUAUUGUUGUUGUUGUUGUUAUUAUUAUUAUUAUUAUUAUUAGCAGCAGCAGAAUACUGUUUAACACAGUACAAGCAGGGCAGAGCGCUGUUUAUUCCAGUAGCCUUCAUGUGCACAUCAUUCUUGUUGGAGCGAGUUGGGCGUGGCCUGAGGAGAGGGGCAUGAAUAAAGUGGGCGGGUCUAAUGAUGGACAGUUUAUGUAAUGAGCAGCGCGGACACGAAGCCAGUAUAAAUACCGCUGUGCGCCUGAACUCACACUUCAUUCACGACUUAAGGAGAGACGUUAUUACAGCACCCUAACGCGCACAGUCGCAUAAAACAAGACACACACACACACACACACACACACACACCCCGAGGCGACUCUCUCUCUCCCUCUCUCUCCCACACACACACACACACACACACACACACACACACACGCGGGAGGUUUGUGGAAUAGUGAGCAUGCAAGGACGGGACGGAUAAUAAGACUGGAUCCGGCGCUUCACCUUCACCUUUUGGAUAACCUGGAAAUUUGAACGCGCCUUUUGCGCACGGAAGAGCGGCGACGCGCAAAGGAAUAUACUCCCUUCUCCUCCUCCUCCUCCUUCUUCUCCUCGUACUUUUUUGAGUGCUUUAUUUAUUUAUUUAUUUAUAUUUAUUUUUUUUUAUUAUUAUUUUAUUUUUUAUAUUUUUUUUUGCAUUCUUUGAAGCCUUCCUUCCACUUUGGAAUAGGAGCUUUAUUUUUUAUUUUUUUGGGUAGGAAAUAUCCGCGCGGGUGACCCAGCUGCCCCGCCACAGCAUUUUGGGAAAAUAUAAAGGAUGGCAGCUUGGUUCACCUUUCUGAUCGCAUGCUUCAGCGCGCUCCUAACGCAGAUAUUCGGAUCUGGUGUUUUCGAGCUCGAGCUCCAUGAGUUCAAGAAUUUUAAAGGUCUGCUGGCGAGCGGAACCUCAUGCAGACCGGACUGCAGGACUUUUUUCCGCGUUUGUCUGAAGAACUACCAGGUGUCCGUGUCUCCAGGGGGCUGCAUCUUCGGCAGGACCGACACCCCCGUGCUGGGCUCCAACUCGUUCAGGAUAGAGGGAGGACACCUGAGCACACCCAUACGCCUGCCCUUCAACUUUGGAUGGCCGGGAUCAUUUUCUUUGAUUAUUGAGGCCUGGUAUUCACCCUUGGAGGAUCCACCUGUAGACUCAAACAACCCCGACUUACAGAUUAGUUCUUUUGCCAUCCAAAGACAGCUGGAAGUAGGGGCUGAGUGGUCUCAGGAUGUCCAAAGCGGUCAGCAGACGGAGCUAAGGUAUUCUUACCGGUUCAUCUGCAAUGAAAAUUACUACGGCGAGAGUUGUUCCAAAAUAUGCACGCCCAGGGACGACCGUUUUGGCCACUACACCUGCAACCCAGACGGGCAGUUAUCCUGUCUCCCCGGCUGGAAGGGGGAAUACUGCGAAGAACCGAUCUGCCUUGAAGGCUGCAGCGAAGCUAACGGGAACUGCUCCAACCCCGGAGAGUGUGUGUGCAGAGAGGGCUGGCAGGGAAAGUUCUGCAACGAGUGUAAGAAACACCCCGUGUGUAAACAUGGUACAUGCCACAAGCAAUGGGAGUGUCACUGUAAAGAAGGAUGGGGAGGACUCUUCUGUGAUCAAGAUCUGAACUUCUGCACCCACCACAAGCCGUGUAUAAACGGAGCCACGUGUACGAACACCGGGCAGGGCAGCUACACGUGCACGUGCAGGCCGGGCUACACCGGGGUGAACUGCGAGCUGGAGGUGCGUCACUGCGACAGCAACCCGUGCAGGAACCGAGGACACUGCGUGGAGCUGGAUAAUGGCUACACGUGCACGUGUCUGCCGGGGUUCGAGGGCACACACUGCGAGCACAGCCUCCUGACUUGCGCAGACAUGCCCUGCUUUCAGGGUGGCAAGUGCCAUGAGAGGGACAACGGACGCAGCUAUUCGUGCGACUGCCCUAAAGGAUACACCGGACUCAACUGUGAGAAGAGGGUGGACAAGUGUAUGACUCUGCCGUGCGCUAAUGGUGGCGCGUGUGUGAUCCUGGCUGGCGUCCGUAUGUGCAGCUGUCGAGCAGGAUUUACAGGCCAGCGCUGCGAGAUCAACAUCAACGACUGCUCCUCGAACCCCUGCGCUAACGGCGGCACCUGUCACGACGGCGUCAACGACUACACCUGCUCGUGCGUUCCGGGGUACACCGGGCAGAACUGCGAGCUCCACAGCGUGUCCUGCUCCACGCAGCAUCUCUGCCUGAACGGCGGAUCGUGCACCAACAUCCCCGACGGCUCUCCUGUGUGCCUGUGUCCCAAUGGCUUCACGGGGCCUCGCUGCGACUAUGUCGCCAUCACACGUCCCGUUAUCCUGGAACCCGAGUCCCGGGACGACUUCCAGUGGGCCGCCGUGUCCCUGGGCGUAGGUUUGGUGGCUCUGCUCAUCCUCGUGUGCAUGGUGGCGAUCGCUCUGCGCCACGUCCACAGGCAGGCGGCUGCCGAAAGGACUAACGACGCCAUGAACAAUCGAUCGGACACGCAGCGGGACAACCUGAUACCGACGUCUCAGCUCAAGAACACGAACAAGAAGGUGGACCUGGAGGUGGACUGCGGUAAGGAGAAGUCGAAUUACAUCCUCAAGAACUACCAUUUGGACCACAACUCGUCUAAAGAGUUUAAGGAAAGCCCGACGCAAGAGGAUAAAAGUCACAAGUACGAAAAGUGUUUAGAAGACAAAAUACCCUUGAGUAGAAUGUACAGUGAAAAGCCGGAGUGUAGGAUAUCGACGAUAUGCUCCCCGAGAGACUCCAUGUACCAGUCUGUGUUUGUAAUAGCAGAGGAGAGAAGCGAAUGCGUCAUAGCAACCGAGGUAUAAACGACAUGACAGGAGGAUGAAGAUGGAAGCUGCGAGGGAGAAAAAACACACACACACACACACACACACACACACACACACA